AUGGCUUUCAAUUUCAACUGGUCGCCUUUGACGGCAGAUGCCGAGUUCUACAAGAUGGCCCAGCAGAUGCUCACGACUGCUCUCAAUAAAUCGCCCAAGCCUCCGAUUAUUGUCGACGACAUUCUAGUCAAUGAGCUGAAUCUAGGGAGCGUUCCUCCCGAGCUGGAGAUACUGGAGAUAGGAGAUUUGGCUGAGGAUAGGUUCCGGGGCAUCUUCAAGAUGUGUUAUUCCGGAGACGCAUUCCUGACUCUUAAGACUCGAGUACAAGCCAACCCCUUGAACACUUAUUUGUUUUCGAAACCGUCUUUUACGUCCCCCCAGCCGCUAGCAGCGUCCUCCGGUUUGACAAUACCGCUACAAAUUACGUUAUCGGAGAUCAAAAUGUCCGCAUUUAUCAUAUUGGUCUUCUCGAGACAAAAGGGAUUAACUCUAGUCUUUCGGAAUGAUCCUCUUGAAUCACUCAAAGUCUCUUCGACUUUCGACUCGAUACCUUUCGUUCGUGAUUAUCUACAAAACGAAAUCGAGAAGCAACUUCGAACGCUGAUGAUGGACGAAUUACCCGCUAUUAUACAUAGAUUGUCAUUAAGAUUAUGGUGCCCGGAGUAUAGAGCAAAGGAGGACGCUGAACUGGCUCAAGCGGAGAGGUUAGAAAAGGAGGAAGUGGCAGUGGAUCCACUUGCCAGUCCUCCACAAGAUGCAGUCGACGCGAGAGGGAACGUUUUGAAUGCGAAUGAGAUAUCGACAUUAUCUUUGGACGGCGGCGGUUCGGAGAUCCACUCGUUAUUUUCGCAAAAGAACUUGGUUCGAUUAGCAGCUUUGACUGAUUCACACCGGACGCUUUCGUUAUUCACGCCCUCGAUUCGAGAUGCGGUUUUUCGAGCCUGGGCGAGUCCAUCUGAGAGGAACGAGACAGCGGGAACCUCGACUCCAGCUACCCCGAGCCUACUAAGGUCAAUGUCGUCCCCUGCCAACUCAAGCACGACAUAUACUUUCAGUAGGGGUUCUGACGAUGGGCAUGGCCAUAUGCCAUCACGGGCGUCCCUCGUGAGCCUGCAAUCAGCAACCACAGGACUUAGCUUAGGAGCAGGGCGCCAUUCACGAUCCCAUAUGCGCAAAAAGAAGAACCGUGUCGUCAAUCUCAGGAGAUCCAAGACCACCGAUGACAUUACAAGUGAGAGUGGCAGCGAAGACGCCUCGGUAGCAGGCUCAGAACCUAUAAUCUCAACCCGGGUCCCUGAGGAACCAGAAGACAACAUCAUUACCCCACCCCGUUCGCCCUCAGGCAGAGUCCGCUUCCGCACCAGCAGCAUCGACCUCGGCGACUCACCGAAUAAAUACCGUCUCUCCACUCCUUCUCGCUCAGCUCUAUCCUCAAAAGCCGUCCCGGAGCAAGUCAUCCUCGACUCCACCUCCACCCCUACCAUGGAGAAAGACGAACCCAUCAUCUACUCCCGCGCCCGUCGGCCAUCUCUUAAGAAAGCUCAAUCACCACCUGAAAAGGCCCCAGCCAUUCACCUUAUUCCCGCCCCCAUCCUAUCCUCCGAACCAUUAUCAGGAUCAGGAGGCAUAGUCGAACAAGCUUGGGUCCUGAAAAUGGCAGGCGAAAUCGCAAGACGCGCGCAUGAUGAGAAGGCUUCGAGAGAGGGCUUCUGGUCUGGUUCUUCUACCGAUGGGCGUGAAGACACGCCGCCGCCAGCUUAUCAGGCCAAGGACCUGUAA